ACAGUACUGGCUGGUAAAAAUGUCUACCCGUUGUAUCCGAGUGAAUCAAAAGCUUCGCACCUGUCAACUUAGCACUUUGAUAAAUAAGUGAAUCAAGUGGGUUUAUUAAUUAUUAAUAGAAAAGAAUUUCAUCAAUUAUGUCUAUGGAAACAGUACCCAAAGAUUUACGUGGACUAAGAGCAUGUUUGGUGUGUUCUUUGAUCAAGACGUUCGAUCAGUUUGAAUUUGAUGGUUGCGAUAACUGUGACGAGUUCCUGCGAAUGAAAAAUAAUAAGGACAAUGUGUUCGAUUGCACAAGUUCUAAUUUUGAUGGGAUGAUAGCAGUAAUGAGCCCAGAGGAUAGUUGGGUAUGCAAAUGGCAGAGGAUAAAUCGUUUUUGCAAAGGCGUAUACGCAAUUUCUGUGUCCGGACGAUUGCCUAGCAACGUUAUUAGAGAAAUGAAGAGUCGAGGAAUCGUGUACAGGCCACGUGAUACGAGCCAACGAUAGUGAUCUGCACAACCCUAUUGUACGUGAUAAAUACUGAGAAGAGUAAAUAAACAAUAAAAUAUUUGUACAUGUUAA